GGUGUGCUUGUUCCCAGUCUAGCAACAUUAACUAUCUUUUUAUAUCUUUUUAUUAUCUUUUUAGUUCUGUGCUGCAGUUUAAUUUACAGGGUAAUUUUGUUUAAAAAGGAGUCAGAAUGGAACCCAUGUCAAGCCAAGAAGCAGAUGAAAAUCCUUAUCUCUGUUUUCAGAGAACACCAUCAUUUCGUCGCAAGUGGAGAAAACGCUAUGGAGGUUUGGAUGGGAAUAAAUUACUAGAGCCAAAUAAGGAGGAAGACAUGAGAGAGAAUAGUGUGAUGACAGAUGGCUUCUCUGAAAGGAAUGCCGCCCUUGUGAAGAGUGCAGAAGCUCAGGAGACCAGUCUUGCAGAGAAUAUUCCAAAUCCUGUUCCAAGAAAAGCUAUUCCAUCUCAGAGGCCUGUCAACUUUGUGACUCCAGGAUCAACAGUUUUACCAGCAUUUAUGAACAAUGGUGGCAUGAACAUCCCUCAGACAGAACCAGAGCGAAUGCCCACUGCCCAGCCUUGGCUAAGCAUCAGCAGGAAUGAGACCCAGCGUAGCCAUUCCAAGAAAAAAGUAGCUGCUGAUGUGCUGUUCGACAGCUUUGCCUGUGGAGAAAGAGUCAGCACCAAUAAUUUCUUUGAGAUCCUGUGGUGCGCCGGCAUUUUAAGAACUGACCCAAGGAUUAAAGACUGCUAUGCACUAAUGAAAAAACUGCAGGAUGCUGAUGGGGCAGUGGACAGGAACACUUUCCAAAGGUGUGUGACAGGCUUUGUAUCUUUCAUUCUAAAAGCAGUGCAAGGCAGAUUUGUCAUUCCAGAUUUCUGUAUGUUUGCUGAAGAGACCCAAAAGUUGUUCAUUAAAUGCAAACAGCUGUCUUCUGUAGAGAAGGAAGAUGGAAGCAAGCCCAUUGUAAAGUGGGGGAUUUCAAUUUGCACAGUGGACGGCCAGAGGCUCUCUCUCGGUGAGUGGAAUGAGCCGUGUGUUCUUGGAGAGAUUGCCUGGCCCAUUGUUUACGGGCUUGCAGUAGAUCAGCUUGGAGCUGACCAGGUCCACAGACAUGUAGGGGUGGAAGAAUAUGCAAAAUAUGAGUCUCCCUUUACCCUGAGCAAAGAAGGUGUCCCUCAUACUCCACUGUCAGAGACAGGUGCUAUCAUAUGUGCAUCACUGCUGCUGCAGUUGACAUCAAGGCAAGUUACAGAGGAGGAGGAAAAAUAUGAGUCGGUUUUAAAUAUUGUACGAAGAUUAUGUAACAAGGAACAUGCCAACUUAAACUGUACAAGUUAUCAAAGCUUGAGGAAGGAUGUUAUUCGUCUACACGCGCUUUCGUUUUAUCUACAAGAAAAGAAGUGCUUUCCAGGAGCCACUGACAUAAACGCUACACUGGAUCUCCUGUUACAGUGUUUAUCUACAGAAGUCACGUGUGAGUCUGGAGCAGCCUUGGCUGCAACCUUAGCUAAUGGUGGCCUCUGCCCUAUGUCAGGUGACCAGGUCCUCUCCACCUCUGCAGUUCGCAGUACUCUGUCCAUAAUGCAAGUGGCAGGAAUGAAUGAUUACUCCAGAAUCUUCCAUUUCAAGACAUCCCUGCCUGCAAAAUCCAGCAGCUCUGGUGUUGUCUUAGUAGUAGUCCCUGGAGUGCUGGGCAUGACUUGCUGGUCACCAGAGUUGGAUGCAUAUGGAAAUUCCUGGAGGGCUGUACAUUUCUGUGAGGAGCUGGUGUCAGUGUUCCAGCUGCACAGCUUUGAUAUCAGGACUCCAUUCAAACAGGUGCUAUCCUACAGGCAAUGGAAGGUGGAGUCUGAGGGCUACCAAAUCAUGAAUAUCCUAUUGGCUGCUUAUCGAGGGGACCUAAACUCAUUACGAAGGUAUUUCCUCUCAGGAGCAGAUGUGAAUGCUGUUGAUUAUGAUGGAAGGUCUGCACUUCAUGUGGCUGCCUCAGAAGGGCGUCUGGAGGUCAUCAAGUUUCUGAUGGACAGCACUGGAGCCAACUGCACACUCAAAGACAGAUGGGGAAACACAGCUUUGCAGGAGGCUAUAAGAUGCAAUCAAGGACCUGCUGUGCAGCUCCUUACAAAGUACUCAGACUACAAGGAAAUGUUAUGAUAGUACACCAAGCCCAAAACAGAUAAUCAACCAACACAUUCAGCUUACACUGUGCAAUGACUCACAGGCCACUUCAUUAGGUACACCUGUUCAGCCAUAACAUCAGAUUGAGGGAACAAGGCUAGUGACUUUGAGUGAUUAUGGGUGCAGGA